AUGAGCGAGGCGGUGGAGCGACUGGCCGACAUUCCUGGCGCGGGGCGACUUAAUAAUCAAAAACUCUUCUCGCUCAGCAGUGUGCUCACCCUGUCCGCUGUGGCCAGCGCCGCCUUGGCCGCACCUCAAGGCACCUCCGAGCUGGUGGAUGCCGCUGCCAUGGAGUACGUGCCGCCGGCAACGGAGUAUCUGCCUGCCACCGACGAGCAAGGCUACGAGUAUCGCGCCGUGCGCCGCCUAAAGCUGCGUCAUCGCAAUCGUCGGGAUGUGUCCCACUUGCCACUGGCUCCACAGUAUCUGCCGCCGCCAAGCAACAGGUAUCUGCCACCAACAGCGGCUGCCCCAAAUCCAGCUGCAGUCUUGGCUGACGACACCGAGGCGAUUGUCUCCGCUGCGGAGCCAAAGGUGGCACGCGAGUAUCUGCCGCCUGCUGAGGAGCCGGUGGCCAGCACCGAGGCGCCCGUGCCGGAAACCGAUGCGCCACCAGCCGAGGAGCAGCCCGUGCAGCCCGAUGUGCGUGUGGCGGAUGUGCCCACAGCUGAGCUGCGCGACGACGGCUAUCACUACAAGCAGCCCGUGGAGAUGCCCGCCGAGCUGAAGGAAUCAGCCCAGGCGUAUUUGCCGCCGCUGGGCGAUGAUGUCGUCGCCGAUGGACCUGCCAAUGGCGAGAGCUCGGUCCUCACCAAGGAUGGCUAUCAAUAUCGCGCCAUUCGCCGUUACAGAUUUUAG